GCGGGCGAUUAUUUCCUUAAUUACCCACAAAACUCAUGCCAGGAGUAUCGUUUAGUUUUAAUAGCAGACUUCCCUUGGCGUGCAGAUCUUGUAAGAUUUGGUUUACCAGAUCGUGGCUGUACUGGACCAGCUUUUCUGAACACCAGGUGUAGGAGAGGUGGUGUACUUGUGUGUCCAUUGUUAAGCUUACAUCUGGACCUCCAGAGCCAGAGAGAGAAAGCACCCCGGGGGAGAAUUAGGACUGGAGAAACCAAAGCCACAAAAAGAAUAUCACAAGUAUUGAAGAGUAAUUGGUGACAUUUGCGACAUGGUCAGACAGAAUAAAGUAAUACAAUAAGUGUCCUCAUGACUUCUCUUGCGGACCAUGUCCAUGAUCCUCUUUGCCUGUGUGGUAAGGGUGAGGGAUGGACUGCCCCUCUCGGCCUCCACUGACUUCUACCACACCCAAGAGUUUCUGGAAAUCAGGAGACGGCUCAAGACUUUAGCCUUGCGACUGGCCCAGUAUCCAGGUCGAGGUUCUGCACAAGGACGUGACCUCAGUAUACACUUUUCUUCUUCAGGGGAUGUGGCCUGCAUGGCUAUCUGCUCCCACCGGUGCCCAGCAGCCAUGGCCUUCUGCUUCCUGGAGACCUUGUGGUGGGAAUUCACAGCUUCCUAUGACACCACCUGCAUUGGCCUAGCCUCCAGGCCAUACGCCUUUCUGGAAUUUGACAGCAUCAUUCAGAAAGUGAAGUGGCAUUUUAACCAUGUGACCUCUGCUCAGUUGGGGAGCAGCUUAGAAAAGAUCCAGGAGGAGCUGGAGUUCCAGCCUCCAGCGGCUCUCACUCUGGAGGACCCAGAUGUGGCAAAUGGGGUGAUGAACGGCCACACGCAGAUGCCCCUGGAGCCCGCUCCUAAUUUCCGAAUGGAACCAGUGACGGCCCUGGGUGUCCUCUCCCUUGUCCUCAACAUCAUGUGCGCGGCUCUGAAUCUCAUUCGUGGCAUUCACCUUGCAGAGCAUUCUUUACAGGUAACCCAUGAGGAAGUUGGAAAUAUUCUGGCUUUUCUUAUUCCUUUCGUAGCCUGCAUUUUCCAGUGUUACCUGUACCUGGUCUACAGUCCAGCCAGGACGACGAAGGUGGUGUUGAUGCUGCUCUUCAUUUGCCUGGGCAACGUGUACCUGCACGGGCUGAGGAACCUCUGGCAGAUCCUCUUCCACGUGGGCGUGGCUUCUCUGUCUUCGCACCAGAUACUGACGCGGCAGCUCCAGGAGAAGCCGGCUGACUGUGGAGUGUGAGGAACGGGCCCUUUUGUUACCACAUGAGGGUCAUCUGUGUUUCCCUUUUGGCUUCUCGACUUCACCUCCAGUUUCCAUCCUUGAAGUUCAUUUUGACCAGACGGGACUGAGCGAGACUGGGGACUUCUGACAGGUGCAGUGGAGGCACGGGGUCGCUCGAUGCCCAGGCCCCAUUUCGAGCUGAGCGUUACUGCCGGCUCUCCAGUUCGGACAUUUACCUAGGACAGCAGGCGCUGGGCUGAAUUCAGACAGAGCGUAUCGGAAGACCAGAAGGGGAUUCUUUUGGUCUUUUAAACCGAAUGAUGCAAUAAACCACUAGAUUCAGUAGUGCUAGUUUUAGUGAUAGGCAGUUGUCUCUGAGGAACCGCGUUCAAAUCCAUAUCAGCGUUUUAGUCUAAAUGUGACUUGAUUAGGUUUUUUGAGGGUCAGUACAGGGUGAAUUAAAAACUUAAAAAUAUGGUUCAUGAAUUAAGCAACAUAAAUUUUGUUUACAUUUUUGAUAACAGGAUAGUUAUCAAUAUGAUACUUUUAGAACAGUUAAAUAUAUUUUGGAUAUAAAUUGAACUUAUCUACAUUUAGGGUAAGGAUAGACUUAGGCUGAGAAAAUGGUUAAGAAAGCUCAGUUUAUUUAAUUUAUAAAUAUAACCUUGUAUGGUGGUGGGACAGUGUGGGUACGGCAAUGUUUUGUAUGUUUUUGUGCAGGGCAUAUCUGAAUAUUUUAAAAAAUUAAUUGAGCAAGAUUCCUUGCCAUGGGUCCGGAACUGGAGCAGGGGAGCCACACGGAUUCCCACGGGCGCACUUUUCGGACGCUGGUGGGAGAGGCUGUUGCCGGCAGCCUUGCACGUACGUGGCAGCUGGGGCCUGUCAUUUUAAUGAUGAACACUUGACUCUGUGUACCUGUUCCCAGAAGACCUCCCAAAUUAAUCACUCCUCUCCACCUUUCCCAGUCAUCUUAGUUGGAUCAAGGGCCUCAUUUUUUUAUGAAUAAGAGUUAGGUAGGUGUUAACUUUUUAAAAACUUUACAAAUAUAGCAUUAACCCUGUGCUCAGAAAACCUUUUCUUUAUCUCACUGUCAAAAUACUGAGUGAUCAUCGUUUUCCCCAACGUGGCUGUGAGUCCGAUCUUAGCUUGUCUAGUGCCAUCCAGGGGCCCGUGUGGAAGCUGCCCCUAGAUUGUUGUUGGUAGAAGUCUGGGAUCCGAAUAGCUCAGCCACAGUUGCAUGGGAUACUUUGAGUGGAAUUAUGUAGUCUUGAUAAGUUAAAAAAAAUCCUAUUUUGGUAGUUUUUAUAAGUUAAAAGCAGUGCAAGAGGUAUUGGGCACAGGAGAAGGAAGGAUAUUGUUUCAGUGGAUUCGCCCUCCUUGGUUAUUCCUGGUGGUGUGUUGCUACUGAGCUACCUUGGUAUCACUUUAAGAAAAACAAGUGUAUGUGGCUGGGAACUGUUGGGGAACUGUUGCCAGAGUGAUUUUAUUUUCUUAUAAUGGAAUUUUCUAUUUUUACUCAAAUAAAAUAUCUGGAUAUGAAAGUCCUACUGGCAACACUCUCAGAUGGAAA